AAAUACUGUACCAAUUCAUUGCUCAUCGUCAGCGAUUACCAAGAGUGGAGACUGGAGAACCAGAAAUCGUCGAAGAUGUCAUCAUUCAUCAACCGUCACCGAACGCCAUAAUGGCGCACCGUUGGAGCUUCUAGUCCUCUAGACUGAAAAAAUUCUCCUCCGUCAACCCUUCGAUUCGAUUCGAUACGAUACUCCGCCACAGAUUCAGCAAUCGGAUUCGGAGGGCUACAAUUCUACAAACACAGCCUCCCCUCACCUCUAAUCUAAAGAAAUCCUCUCUAUUGAUUCCGCCAUGAGUGAACUUCCAGACCAGACCCUGACUUCAGAACUGCCCCGACCAAGUGCGGGUCAAAAUGUCCGGAUUGAACUCGGAACUCCGACUAAAACUGUGACAAUUGAGGCUGGAGAGGGUGGGAGGAAGAGAGUUGUUAAGAAGACGGUCAGGAUCGUGAAGAGGAUUGUAAGGAAGAAAGUACCUAAAUCGGUUCCCAACAGCAGUACUGGAAAUGUAGAGCUGGAGAAAGAUAUUACAAUUAAAGAGUCUGGGAGUUUAAAGCCCUGCCGGCAAGUUUCUACCUCAAACAUUCAGAAUUCUAAGCCUGGUGAUGGUAAUGUUAAACCAUAUGCUGGAGACGAGGAUUUGAACAAAUCCGAGCCCCAGCCUAUGGAAGUUGAAAAAGAUAGUAUCCUUGCUGAUGCUGUCCCAGAAAGUGGGAAGAUGCAUCAGUCUGAUCUUACUAUAGCAGAGAAACCAUUAGAAGUUGUUAAGGAAAAUUCGAAUUCCAUUGAGAAUCAAAAUGUGGGAAAGGAAGGAGUAAGACAAGAUGAUACUGGUGUUUCUGUAAAUGAGAAUGCUAAGCCUAUUGAACAUUGGAGAUUGGGUUUGGUAGUGGAGGCUGGAACUGAAGGGAGCCUGGAGGAGGUAUUGGAGAGGGAUGUAGAAUGGAGUGACAAAGCAACAUUGAAUGAGGAGGCUAGAACCAAAGGCGCCUUGGAGGAAGUAAAGGAAGUAUUGGAGCGUGAUAUAGAGUGCAGUGACAAAGUAACAUUGAGCGAGGAAAUGGAGGCAUUGGAGCGGAAGAGGAGACGGAGGACACAAAUUUUUAUUGGGGGAUUGGACAAGGAUACUAAGGAGGAGGACAUUAGGCCAAUUUUUGAAGAUGUUGGUGAGGUCAUGGAGUUGAGAUUAUUGAUUAAUCGUGAGACUGGAAAGAAUAAAGGCUUUGCCUUUUUGCGGUUUGCUUCUGCAGCUGAUGCCAAGAAGGCUGUAUCUAAGUAUUCUCAAGUUGAGGUAACAAAUAUAAUUCUUCAUAUAUGUGGAAAGCAGUGUGGUGUAUCGCUUGUUGAGGGCAAUGACACAAUAUAUUUGGGUAAUAUUGACAAGAAAUGGAAGACCCAAGAUGUUGCUAAACUCUUGGAGAGGGCUGGCAUUGAUAAAAUAGACAAGGUUACCGUCAUGGCCGAUCCCAAUGACGCAGAGCGUAACAGGGGAUUUGCAUUUGUUGAACUUGAAACCAGUAGAGAUGCUCAAAUUGCUUUCAAUAAGCUCCAAAAGAAGGAAGUCUUUGGAAAGCACCUGCAAGUGAGAGUUGCAUGGGCACAACCUUUGGUUGAACCAAAUGAAGAAGAAAUGCAGAAGGUGAAGUCCAUUUUUGCUGAGUAUAUACCCCUAUCAUGGGAUGAAAUAAAAGUGAGAGACUAUUUUAAGAGAUUUGGUGAAAUUGAGAAUGUUGUUAUUUCAAAGGAUCUUCCAUCAUCAAGAAGAAAAGAUUUUGCUUUUGUCAACUAUACAAGCCGUGAGGCCGCUCUUGCAUGUAUCAUGGCAUUCAGACAUGAAGAAGUGAAUGGUGAUAGUUCUGAGGUAAAGAUGAAGGUAUCUCUUGCAAGGCCCAUGCCUAAAAGCAAGCAAAUCAAACGUGCCACAAAUCCUACCAUUAAGAAACCUUCUAGAGACACAAGAAAAGUAGCACAUUCUAUAUUGAAGGUGCACGAACCUACCACAAAGGAAAAUCCCAUGAGGAGUGAUUAUGGAAGCAGUAAAGUUGAUAGAGGAUCUUCAUCUUCCUCCACUGAUGAACUUCUGCAGCUCUUAAGACAUCAGGCAUCAACCAGGCAGACCCAAUCUAGCUUGAACUUAGGUUCAAGUAGUAUGGAGAGUCAGUAUUUGUUAACUGGAAGCAAGCGGCCACCCCCUCUUGUGAGAGAUAUUCCACCUCAUUUCGAAAACAGAGGGUUCCCUCGAAUGCGCUUCGAAAACACUUCUCCAAUUCCUAACAGGUGUGUUUUGUCUCGUUCACUUGGUGCGCCACCUGUUCCCCAUUAUCAACUACAAGGCGCUCAUGCUUCAGAUUCAGUCCCUGAGGUUGCAAAACAUGGAAGACCUUUCCAGACACCGGAACAAGCUCAGUAUGGUGGAGCCAGUGGCCUAUACCAUAGAUUCUACAGAUUUUGAUCGCGAGCGUUGGGGUUGAUUGAUUGUGAAGUGAUUAUGUUUGGAUGCAGGUAGAGUGGAGGAAUACAAGUUACAUCGGCAUCACUAAUUUCAUUAGCAAUUUAUAUAUAGUUCAGUAUCUAAGGUUUAACUGCAGUGUUAAUUAUCUCCUCCUCUUUUAUGUAAAUGAGAUUGAAUCCGAUAGGGAGGUUAUUGAUGUUGUUGAUUUACAUUGUAUAUACAAGUUAGUGAGUUAGAGGUGGCCACAGUUGGUUCAGGACCGAACCAACCCUGAAUUGGCCCGGAAGAAGCUGGUCCUGGGCUUCAUCGGGGCUAGAUUGGGUCUAGCCUGGACCCUGUCCCCGGGCAUGGCAAAUUAUUGUGUGGAUCAUGGUCCACGUAGCUAUGUGGACCAUGAAUAUAAUGUAUAUUUUUAUUA